AUGUAUGCGAUGAUCAACAUGCUUUGUCAUUUUCAUUUUGGACAAUGGAUCACAAAUCAUGAAAUGUCACUCUUAUCUAAAUUAUCCCCAUUCUUGGUGUUGACUUUAAUGAGAUUAGAGGGCGUUCAUGGUAGCAUUAUGAGUUAUUUACGUGGUAUAUUCUUUCACUGGACUAAAUCUGCUCAUUUCACACUAUUGACAGCUCGGAUUAUGAAAAUGAAAUAUCAAAACAGUCCGAUGAUACACAACGAUCUAUUUUUUAUUAUUCAGAACAAGUAUCAUUGCAGCAUACAAAACUCAUGA